GAAGAAAGUAACAGAGAAAUAAAGGCGAGAGUCCACAUGUUGACAAAUUCCAAGUCAUCCUUUUUUAUGUAAGAAAAACACUUUGUUCAUGUUUGUGUUUGUAAGAAAGAGAUCUUAUCUUGGAUUUCUCCCUCUUUCUUUUUCCUCUCUAGUUUAUGCAGAUUAAUCAGAAUUAAAUUCCCUUUUUCUCUUUUGUUUUUGGUGAUAAGUUUUUGUUUUGUGUUUUUUUUUUUGAAAGUUCUCUCCAAUGGCAAUGCAAAUAUUCUAUCUUUCUUAUCUGGGGUCCUUGGAUUUUUUGUCCUAUUAGCUCGGUGAAUUUCAGCUUGUGAAAAGAUUUUAUUUUUCUUCUCCAUUUUUUUCUAUUUUUCGGGUAGAUUUUUGCUUCUUUGUGGAUUAUUAAUUUGGAUUUGUAUAUAUGAAGCUGUAGAGAAGUCAAGAAAAGAAUCUGAGUUUGAGAAAUGGCUACUAAAGUUCGAGCAAAUGCAUUUUUGCCCGAAUUUCAUUCUGCGGUCGAUCUUAACGGGAGCACGAACAAUGGUGUGGGACCCUCAUAUCACGAUUAUAAUGACCCCAUGUUACAAAAUGGCUCGAAUUUCAUGCGUAAAGAUGAUUACUUUUUAAGUGACCUUGAAAAAGUGAGAAGGACUAUGCUCGAGCACGAAUCGAUUUUUAAAAAUCAGCUUCGAGAACUGCACCGUCUCUAUGGAAGACAACGGGAGCUAAUGAACGAAAUAAAAUCAAGAGAACUUGAAAAGGAUGAUUCUUUGAAGGAUAAUAAAAGUAUACCAAUUUUACCCUCGGCCAAGAACACCCGAAGCUCGACGACUCACGAGCCUCGGUUGUUCACGAGCAGUAUUUUCCUGAAAGAAGCUGACAACCUCGGACAUUUGGACAGUAGAGAUACUAAAUUAUCUCUUGGUGAUGAUGCUCGGAUAUCUCAACCGAAAGCCACAGCUUUGGGGUUUGAUUUGUAUGUAAAAAGAACCAAUUGUCUUGGAGACUGGAGUAAAUACGAUUAUGGGAAGAAAAAGAUUUCUGAUGAAACAUCUCCAAAUCCGUGCUCGGGUUUUAAUCUUGUGAUGAAAGAUUUCUUUCAAGCUUCCUCGGAUAACAAGAAUGAAAUCGAGCAUUCAUCUUAUGGCUUGACUGAGAAAUGGAGAUUCGACAGACAUUCUUCCUUUGAAGUGUCUCGGAAGAAAAAGAAAAUUUUUGGGUUCGAAAUUUCUGAAGGCUAUGAAAGCACCACGUUCAAUGCGGCUGCUGACGUGUCAAAUAUCGAACCUCGUGGAGAAAAAAAUGAUCUCAUUGCCUCAUACAUAAAUGGAAAAUCGAGCGCAGAUUUAAAUAGCAAAAUAUCACGGGAAAAUGGGUUUUCCCACCACUUGGACAUGAACCGAAAUUGGUUGCGAAGCCAGAAUUCAACCGGAGUAAAUUUCGGAAUUGUGCCAUGUCAGCAUACCGAGAAUAUUUUGAGAAAAUGUUACGAGAAUUCGAACCCGGAAGAUUCUACAAGUAGCACAAGAAAUCCGAAACGGGAUCUACCGUGGUUUCUUAAGAAUCCACAAAAUACUUGUGAUACAAGCAAAAACAAGAAGAGUUCAUCAUAUUUCAUGAACCUUGACUCAUUGCAGAGUUACUCGGAGAAUUUUUUCGGAAAAGCUGGCGUGGCGGCGAAAGGCAAGUUUCCGAAUUUGGAGCCAGAAAACCAAAUCUUGCCACCAAACAUAUCUCGGGAUGUCGAAAAUGCCACUCAGACAGAGGACACUGCCCACAACAAAAGAUUAUUAAGUAACUCAAACAUUAUUGACCUCAACUUGUCCAUGGAGCUCGAUUUAGAGGCUCCCGCCAUUAUCGAACCCGAACAGUAUCCAAACCCGAAUUAUAAUCCCGACGAAGAAGAACGCGAUAUUAAAAUCGCAGCUGAUGCCAUAAUUGCCAUGUCAUCAUCAUCAUCUGAAAUAACAAAUCCCCGCGAUCCUCCUCCUCCAUCGCCCGACCGUCUGACGUGGCUAGCUGAUGUCAUAAUAAUCCUUGCAGGCCAAAGUAGGGCCCACGAGCCCGAGCCCGAGCCCUUGCCCGACGGAAUGGAUUACUUCGAGUACGCGACUCUGAGAUUGAAGGAAGUGAAAGAGGAGGAAGAAGCUGAAAAUAACUUGCUGCGUGGGCCGGAAGAAAAUGCGAGCGGAGGAGGGGCAAAAUCGUCCGGACGGUGCAAAAAGGGGCGGUGGUCGAGGAAAGAUUUCCAGAGGGACGUGCUUCCGGGCCUCGUCACGCUGUCUCGAGUCGAGGUGACUGAGGAUUUUCAGGCUUUCGAGGAGCUGCUGAUGAAGGGUGGUUGGGCCCGGCGGGCUAGGCCGAUGAGGUGGGGCCCGCCGGAAAGGAGCUGCGGGAGAAGGAGGAGGGGUUUGGAGGCAGUUGGUUCGGGCCGGGCCCAAGAGAUCGGGCUUAUGGGCUGGGGGAAAAAGAGGCAGAGGUGUGCUGCUGCUGCUGCUAAUGGGCUUUGUGGGCCCAAAGUUUCUUGUGAAUAGGCUGUAGAGGUAUAUAGUAUAGAUUCUUGUUUUUCUUGAGGUUUGUUUUCAUCUAACUCCAUCGAGAUUGGGACAGUGUACUUUUUAUGCAAACCAUUUUGUUCAUAUAUUUUUGUGGUGUGUGCUUAUUAUAUUACAAGGUAAGGGAGAAACAGAAAGAACAUGGACUUUUUAUUCUGCCUCCUUUUGGUUCUGUUUUUU